GCUGUGGAGAAUACAGAGGCUCCUGGCAUGUGCACUUCUGCAAACAGACAGGGCUAUGAAGAACUGGAAAGGCAGCUGAAAGAAGUCUUCAAGGAAAGGAGCAACAUACUUCACCAGCUGCUAAAGACUUCUAAAGAACUUCAGGGAAUUAAAGUAAACCUUCAGUCUUUGAAAAAUGACGAAGCAUCAACCAAAAGUGACGUACAGAAACUCCUAGAACUGGGAAUAAAGCAAAGGGAAGAAAUGAAAUCUCUCCAGGAAGCCUUUCAAAAGCAGCUUAAAGAGGCAACAGAGAAAGCAGAGAAGCAGCAGGCUACCAUUAACUUUUUGAAGACUGAAAUGGAAAGGAAGAGCAAAAUGAUCCGAGACCUCCAAAACGAGAACAAAAGCCUCAAAACCAAGCUCUUGUCAGGAAACAAGCUUUGUGGCAUUCAUGCAGAGGAGUCAAAAAAGAUCCAAGCCCAGCUGAAAGAGCUUCGUUAUGGGAAAAAGGAUUUGAUUUUUAAGGCACAGCAGCUAACAGAUCUGGAGCAAAAGCUAGCAGUUGCAAAAGAUGAAUUGGAAAAAGCAGCCCUUGACAAAGAGUCCCAGCUGAAAGCUCUGAAGGACACUGUGCAGCUCUGCCUGUCUUCUGUUCUGCACAAUCAGCCCCUUCCUAUAAAUCUAAUCCCUUCACAGCCAACUGAGAAGCAGAAUUCCCCAGUUACAAAGGGCUCCAGAGCUCCAUUUCAAGUGACAAACACCAAGGUUCAUCGAAAUGUCUCAGCAGAGAAAGAGAAUUUUCCUGUGGCCUUGAAAAAGAAAGAAAAUCAGAGCACCCAGGAGUGUGAUUCUCAAAAUGUUGCCAAGACGUGUUUGGGGAAUCGCAGUAACUCGACAUCUCAUUUGAAGGCAGCAGAAACAGAGACAAGCCUUCAGAAGCUGCGCAGCCUUCCACGGACUAAAUCCGAAGACAAAAAAUCACCUGAAAGAAAUGAGAAAAAAUCUGAAGAGUCUGUUAGUACAAAAGAAAAAAAACUCUGAACACUACUAACCUACAUUAAAAAUGCCAUUCACUUGCUCCCACCUUCCUGUUCUUUUUAGUGCAAAGUCAUGAAAUGUUCCAGGUUUCUAAAGCAUGCAUUUUUCACUAUUUUAUGAAUGUUUGUCAACUAGUCUAGAAUAGACCAAUUAGUACCUUCCAGCCAUAAUCCCAAACGGAUGUUUGAAGAAAUGCUUGAUAAUACAGUCCAGUUUUUGAACUCUUGUUCUACAGGAUCAGUAACUGCAUAGUUUCUUUGUAAACAGCAGCCAAUCUCAAGUAUUUUCUCAGUCUGUUCUAUUUCAUGUACCUUUAUGGCAGAUUAGGUUUUUAAAUUAAGAUUAAGGGGCAGCUGGGAGGGGGGGGGGAGAAAUAUCUGUGUAGCCAUAGUUGAAGUACAACCCAUAAGUGCAACUGUAAAAAGGGAACUCUGGAUGGGGGUCCAUGUAUUACCUUUCAGUAAUGCCAUUUCAAAUCUACUAAUUUAAACAAUAAAAGAUGUUUA